AAAAAAGUUCUCCGUAAGUUUUUUAACUUCAUUUGUCUAAAUUAAAAGUCAUGGUAGAAUCCAGACUAUGACAAAAUGGAAGACGACUUCAAUCCACCAACAGUUUGCCCAGGAGGCAGAUGCAGGGAUCUAACCAAUGAUUUUAUUUAUUUCGUGAUCGUCCCUAUCCUGAUCGUUCUCAUCAUAACUGUUGUCCUCGCUGUUAUGUUGUUUCGGAGGAAGACAAAAAGGGUUGAAUCUCCAGAAGAAAAUGGUGUUCAGCUAGCCAGAUACAACUCCAUUCGCCGAGCUUCACAGAAUAUCCGGGAACUGUCCAAUCACAGGGAUUCAAUGCUGUCAACAAGUAGAAGUGGAUCAAUGUCAUUCAUGGAUGCAGAGAGGCCUCAGAGAGGGGCUCGGCCAUCCAGAAAUUCUACCUACUCUGCACCCUCCACCCUUCAGAGAGAAAGGAGACACACAACCUCUGAUGAAAGGACAUCCCCACCCACCUAUACUGAACUGUUCUCUACCUGUGGUCACCCCCCAAGGGACAGUCACUCUGAUAGAUCUAGUCUUCGAGUUCCAUUGGUUUAUUAUCAACACAGUGGAGAGGAAAGAGCAAUAAUCCAUAAUUCGUAAAAGGGAUAUGUAAAUAAAUUAAAAGAAAAAAUCUGGAUUCUACCAUAGAAUACAAAGGAAGAGUUUAACUUUGUAUUCUGAAAUAAGACGAUGUCAAGAAAUUUAUCUCCACUUUCAAGACAGUACUGAAAUUCAGUUAUUUCAUGCAUGUUACUGAUAAUAGAGAAAGAUUUGUUAUACAUAUAUAAUUACGAUUUGUUAUACAUAUAUUACUUAGAAAUGAAAUUAGAAUUAUUAUUUGGUUGUCUAAUGAUGUAUAUUAAACCCGUGUGUUUCAGUGAUAGCAUUUAUAUAAUACUCAUAGCACAAGGUCAAGAAAGUAUUUGUGACUUUUACAAAUUCUUGAAAGUAUUUGUUACUAUGGAAAUAUAUGUGCCUCGUUUACAUGGUCAACCAGUUUUGAGAUUUACAAAAAAGACAAUAUACAUAGUAUACCGUGAUAUUUAUAUAAUGUUGUAUACACAAAUUGUUUAACAAUGGUGCUCUUAUGAAACAAUACUCAGUAUUUUUUGUGAUUUCAGACUUACUUCUACUUCAUAUUAUUGUUUUUAUAAAUGAUUUUUUUUUGUUCAAUAUAAUAAUUGUAUAUUCUUGCUGUUAUGUUAAAUUUUGUAUGAAUCGUUUAGCUGUUAAUCUCUACAAUGAAUAAAUUGUACAGCAUUUUUAUGUACUAGAUAAAUGUUUCAUGAAAA